AUGGCCACUCCAGAGCCCGCCCCGUUGGGGAUGGGAGGCGAAGCGCAUUGGGCGAUGGCUGUGAUGUGGACUUUCACAGCCUUCGUUUUCCUGUUCUUGCUGUUGCGAAUUUACACGCGAGUGGUCUGUCUUUCGUCAUACGGCCUUGACGAUCACAUCUACGUUGUCGCCUUUGUGUUUCUCCUGAUAUUCAUCAUAUUCGUACAGCUCUCGGCGCAAAUUGGCUUUGGCGUCCAGAUCGAGUAUCUGCAGCAUGACAUGGCUCGAGUGACCAAAGCGACUUUGUACGAAUGCAUCGGGCAAGGCUUUGCCAUUGUCGGCAUGUCCAUCGCAAAAGCAUCGCUUGGCGUGUUUUUGUUGCGCCUUGUGUCGCUUCAAUGGCACAGAAUCUCCAUUUACGUGGCCAUGGGAGUGUGCGUGGCCGCCGCUAUUGCCCAGUUGCUCUGCUUCUGGCUCUCCUGCGUCCCUUUAGCGUUUGUAUACGACAAGCGAAUUCCUGGGGGACAUUGCCCCAUCGACACGAGGCCGACAUCAUACAUCCUCUGCGUCACUACCGUCCUCGUCGAUGUGUACUUUUCCCUGUUGCCAUGGCUGGUCGUCUGGGACCUUCAGAUGCCGAGGCGCGAGAAGUACACAAUUGCGUUGAGUUUGAGUCUGGGUCUAGUAGCCGCUGCCGCCGGCAUCAAGCGAACGACUACCGUGGAGGGCCUGUAUACGCCCAACUAUCUGUACGACAGCGUCGGUCUGAUCGUCUGGUCGGCAGUUGAAAUGGCCGUCACGCUCAUCUGCAUCGGUAUUCCCGUCUGCAUGCCCCUGUAUAGGCGCGUGUGGCGACGCCUGAACAAUGAGCAGUCGUCGUCGGGCUAUCAGAAACAGUCUGGCGAGCAGGAAGGCUCGUCGAGUGUCGCGCUUCAGACCAUUGGCGGCGGCUACAUUGGCAAGGACGGACAGGCCUUGCCGGCGAACAUGAACAAGAGCAAGGGCAGCAGCCACAACAAGAGCUUUGAUGUCAAACUAGGCAUCGAGAGCGGGGCCAACCAGACGACGGUCGGGCGAGGUGGAUCGAGCGACUCGGUGGUGAACAACUCGGAUGAAGAGAUUUUGGGGGAGGCAUAUCGACACGAAGCCCGGCACAAGCAGCUACAAGGGCUUUCAGCCCAUCGUGGCCGUCAGCCGUCCGAGGGCGACGGACGCCACGGCCAGGGCAUCGUCGUAACCAAGACGUACACGAUCAACAACUGA